CUCCAUGCAACGGCAAACCGUGUAUAAAAUCCACCGAGGCAACUUCUCCCAAACGCGAAUCAGCUCACCAGGAAAUUCAACACAGCCAAAAACUACCCCCAGAAAUGCUUCAUCUCUACUUCCACGCUCCAAAUCCAACCCCCGACGCCCGCAAGCCAAAACCACCCAACCCCCCUCCCACUCCAAUCCAUACCCUCCCACAAUCUCACAAUCCCACCACCCCGGAUCCUGUCUCCGGAUCCUGUCUCCAUACCACCCCUCCCAAUAUCGCCGAGAAAAUCCCCCAAAGGAUUCAUUGCUAGCUUCAUUGCUAGCCCCCAUUCCCCGGAAUCCCCAUCGCCCACCUCACAUGUGCAGCAUUCCUGCUACACAAGUCUACCCCGCACGGUGAUGGAGGUAGUCACAGCCACCGUGCAUUCCCACGUCCGGUCUACAUUUCCGAGGAACAGGUCUGGCGCCAGCGCGCUGUCAUCGCCGAAGGAGCGAGACCUAGCGAGCAGUACUUUCCCCGGUGUAUGGUGAUGUGAGGUGAGGUGAGAUGAGCAGGCAC